AUGUUGCGACGACUGAGUAGGCAACUGAAUGACGAAAGAGAUGGUAUCAGGCUGGAACGGAAGAGGAGUAAGAGAGAAAGGAUAUCCCAGUUCUUUCGAUCAAAGUCAAUAAGGAAACAGAAGCCACAGCAGCACGAUGAAGCACCUGCAAGCAGCUUUGAGCCGCCAGGAAACGAUCUGGAUGCACCGGAGGCAGCUCCCAUUAACGAGGCUGUAAAGCCGCCCAACGCUCCUAAGCUUAACGCAUUCGCAGAACCAGCUGCGGAGACAUCAUCGCGUUCUCGAUCAACAAUAGAGAACAGUGAGGAGCACGAUCUAUUGACAAGGGAGGCUGUGUAUGCGCUCUUCUCAGGUGCUCCAAGAUUUGGUGCUCAGAAUGUUGGUGGCCGCCUCUUACCAACAGUCUCGUACCCAUGGGACAGCGAAGUCAAGCAUACCGAUGCAACCGAUUCAGAGCCUCCAUCAGAGCCAUCAUACAUGGCUGCGACAGUACGUAUACCUACCGCAAAGAGCCAAUCAAUACAGAACGGUGUAGGGAAACACCAGAUACAUCAGGUGGACACUGUGGAGACACCGAGCUGGAUGAGUGCACAUGGUGUUGAGCCCGGCAGUAUUGGCUUCACUCACUUUGUGGAGUUGCCUCAAUCGGACAGUCUUCUUACAGAAGUUCAAUACGACAAGGACAGCGAAGAAUUUCUCGAGACAACGAGAAACAAGGGUUUCAUGCAGACCAACCCUGAGCGUGUUGGCAUACGUGCUGUGGACAUGGAUCUUGUUUACAACCGACUCAUCGAAUUCCAAGAUCUCUACGAAGCAUUCCAACAAAGCCCGGAGCGUGUUACCAUCCUAAACAAUCAAACUCCUGGCGAUCUGUACGGCCAUCUUUUCGGUACAUUUCUUACACCGCCUGGCUAUGCUGGAUCAGAUCUCGAUCCUGUAGGCUUGCAAGUCCAGAUCCUUGCAAUUCUUAGAGUCUUAAACCUCAAAGGCAUCUGGUAUGACUUCAGCUUGGUGGAGUGGAGGAUCAGGCUCGGUCAGAUCCUGUUCAGCGACCCAGAGCCGGUACCCUCUGGCGAGCAAAGACCAUUUCGGACGGUACGCGAUAUCUUGCUGCUCCAAAUCAGCUUAUCUUGUGAGCUUUUGCUCAGACUGGAUGCAGUCUCCGCGACAAGGGCCGGCGAGGUGAACGACCAGACGCAAGUCAGUGCACGAGAAAUUGAGACGUUUGCCAGUCUUACAACCAGGAAGACGGACUGGGACAUGAUUCUGGCACGUAGAUUCCUGGAAAACAUUCUGGUGAUCAAGGGCGACGACGAGAGUGCUUUAACACCGGUGCCAGAGAAGCGCGGACUACUAUCGAUCUUUGGUGGAGGCACACCGAAGGAAGCUCCAAGAUCCGACAUCAUCUUCCUGCCGCAACACCAAACGCGCCAGCUUUCGGGGCUUCUGCACUUUGCAGAAUCAAUCAAAUGGCCGACCACAGAUUCAAUUUGGAAGGCGCUGGUGGAAAAGCUCGGGGUGUCUGAUCAGAACACUGAACGCGCGGUACAGCCUGCAUCUCCUAGUGCGUGGUCCUUCAACCCAACUACACCUUCUGUCGUCAGCGUCUACGGCACGCCUCUUCAAACUCCACGAUCCGCGAGCCAUCAACUGGAUGACUACUUUGGACGGGUUCAAAAGCCAACCGUUAGGCGCAAUAACUCCAAGUCGUUGCGCGUCCCCUUGUCCAAUAAGCUUCUAUCGUUGGCAGAUAGCUCUAAGCCGGUUGUCGUUGACGUUGGAGGGUGGUUAAGUCGCUCCUUCCUCACAGGCUUGAUUUUGCCCGGAGAGGCUAUCUCUCACUUCCUCAUAUCUACGAUCCUCGAGAACGAUCAAUCGGCCAUCUCCGCACUUGGCGACUCUGCCGAUCUAUACGGGGGUUUUGUAUACAACGGCAAGAGCUGGUGGAGCAAAGCUUCAAUCAUCGGCAGGGUGUUAGCUUGUACAGAAGGGGCCCAGGAAUGUAUGGGAUGGAUACACGUGGACAAGCUGCCGGACGGUGCACAUGACGGCUGGCAUAGCAUACGCAGCGAGCAAGUGCCUGUCAGGUUGCGUUCAAUAACGAAGCAGGACAUGGUCGCAACGGACUCGUCUGCCCUGCCGGCUAGUACAAACGCCUCGAUCAAGUCUACGGAUUUGAUCAUGCCACAAGAGCUGGAGGAUCCUUCUGAAACGCCACUCCGCUUCGUGCAAUGGGACCUGACACCGCUCAACAUCGACUUGAUCGACGGUGACGCGGAGACGGACCCUCCAACUGAAAGCGACGUACACACCCCAUCUGUCACCUUUAAGGUCAGCGGUGAUGCGAAAGAACACGUCUUGACGCUCACUCACGAAGUCCACUUCGUAACCUCCUGGCCCUGCUAUACGCCAGCUUCCACGUCGGCUGCAAGCCCGCGACACGUAGCGAAGCGCCCCUUGGCUGGCACAUUAUCACACAGCUCUUCAAAGCGAAGUAUCAGCACCAAAUUAUCGCGUCGCAACAGCCAUGGCUUUGAGCCCCUGCUGUCACACCCGCCAGAAGCGGCGGAUCUUGGGCCACAGCGCAGCUACGUCGCUGCGCAGGACGACGAGCAGGCUUCAUCAACACUGACAGGACCCGUAGUCGCGCACCCCCUCCACGCAUCAUACCGGCACAAGAUUAUUCCUGUGUCGCAAGUCCUGGCCCCAGACUUUCUGUUACCCUUCACUGUAUCAGCCAGCAAACAGCCCACCUGCUCAUCCUCAACGCUCCUGAGAGGCGGCCACGAACAAGGCGCAGGCCACGACGACCACAAGACCGUCUUAGUUCUCGACGCGCGAGGCUCGUCAGAUCGCCAGCUCCUCGCGCGAGCCUGGUGCGCAGAACGCGGACUCCACGCCGUCAUUGGGCGCGUGGACAGAACAUGCGUGGCCUGCUGUGUUCGCGAAGCUCGCGGCUUGGGCAUCAAUGUCGUGAUCAGAGUCUAG